UUUUUGUUGCCGGCUAAGAAAUAUUUAAUGCGCGCACUUUCAGCUUUUCUAGUCAGUGAGAUGAGUAUACAGCGCGAGCUUGAACAUUAAUUGUAUACUUAAUUUAAUAUCAAAUUAUUCGUGGGCAGCAAUGUUCUGAACAAAAUUCAGAAGCACUAAAAUCCAGUUCAAAAUACAUCAAAGAAACAAAUAAGCGCAGCAUGUUUGUCUUUUUGGCGCUCCUCGUCGCAGCAUUCGGACUGAUUGUAAUCGCACUACACCGUCACUACACCUAUUGGCAACGUCGCGGGGUACCGCAGGUGCGUCCCCGUUAUGUGGUGGGCAAUAUAGAGCGUGCUGCCGGCGGUCAAGUGCAGCUGCGACACUUUAACCAGCGGCUUUAUGUAGCGUUUAAGAAGCGACGUCCCUUUGUCGGCAUGUACAUCUUCUUCACACGCGCCGCGCUCAUACUCGAUUUGGAUGUGAUUAAGGACAUAUGUAUAAGCAAGUUUUCGAAUUUCCAAGAUCGUGGCGUUUUCUCGAAUCCACGCGAUGAUCCAUUGACUGGUCACCUAUUUCGUUUAGAGGGAGCACAGUGGCGCGCCAUGCGCAAUAAACUCACACCCGUAUUCUCUUCGGGCAAUAUGAAAUUCAUGUUCCCCACCGUGGUGAAGGUGGGUAACGAAUUGGUACACGCUUGUCACAAGGCAAUCGGCGAAAGUCGCCAGCAGUGCGAGCUCGAGUUGAAGGAGCUUUGUGCGCGCUACACUACUGAUGUUAUCGGCACUUGUGCCUUCGGCAUUGAGUGUAAUAGUCUACUUGACCCACAAGCUGAGUUUAGGCGUCGGGGUCAUGCCGUCUUUACCGAACCUCGCCACUCACAACUGGUGCAGACAUUCAUGUUGAUGAAUCCAGAUUGGGCGCGUCGUAUGCGGCUGAAAUUCUUUCCGGAUCACAUCAUACAGUUCUACAUAGAUGUGGUACGUCAGACCGUGGAGCUACGACAGCGUGAGCAUAUCAAACGCAAUGAUUUCAUGGACUUGUUGAUCGGCUUAAAGGCGGAGGAUGAGCGCUUAGCCUUGAACAGCGAUGGUAUUGAUCUAUCGCAGGGCUUGACUCUGCACCAAAUGGUAUCGCAGGCAUUUGUUUUCUUUGUAGCGGGGUUCGAUACAUCUUCAACAACCAUGUCGUUAUGCCUCUAUGAACUCGCGCUGAACGAGACCAUACAGGCGCGGGUGCGUGCUGAAAUCGUGCGCGUACUAAACGUGCACAACAACCAACUUACUUACGAGGCGUUGAACGAAAUGCAGUACCUCGACCAAGCAGUGGAUGAAACGCUGCGCAAAUACCCUGUCGUACCAUAUCUCGUGCGCAAAGCCAAAGCAGACUACUUGGUGCCCAAUACGAACGAAGUCAUUGAGAAGGGAUGCCUGGUGGUAUUACCCGCGCACGCCAUUCAACACGAUGAAGAACUUUACCCUGAACCAGAUAAAUUCAACCCGGACCGCUUCGAACCAGAGCUGUGUCGUGAACGCCACGCUGCCGCUUAUAUGCCUUUCGGUAUAGGUCCGCGCGCUUGUAUUGGAUUGCGUUUCGGCAAAAUGCAAGCUAAAAUUGGACUCAUAAAUUUACUAAAACACUUCAAAUUUAGUAAAUCCGCGAACACGCAGGUGCCAGUGCAAUUCAUCGAACGCAUAUUCCAAAUCACACCAGCCAGUGGCAUACACUUGAGAGUGGAGCCUGUGGACGGGGUGAAGCAAUAAAUUUUAGAAAUAAAUUUAAUCUUGUACUGGACAUGAUUGCAUUAACAAGAAA